UCGGUCCAUGUAUGCGAUAGCCUGCUUUUGGAUGGUUGAUCGUUCGUUGGUAGGUGUCGACGCACACACAUACGUAGAGAGAUAGACAGCCAGGCUUAGCUGGCCGAUUGGGUCUUUCUGCUGGGUACGAGUGGCGAGAGGCAGAGAAGGAAAAAACUCUCAAGAGAGACGGGAAUGCAAGUCAAAUUCUGAUGCCCGUUCCGGACCAGGUGGACGGUUGAACGUGUUCCUGGGACCACAGAGGGCUUUAAGCAGUGGCUCUCGUUGAUCGCUCCCAAGUACUUGGGGGACCGCACCAAGAAUGAAGAGGGUCUGCAUCAGACCUGAGCCUUCAAUCCAUUUGACACUCGCGAUUGGGUCCUACUCGUGGUUGUCGUCCUUCUCAUCGUCCUUUAUCGCAUUAUAACACGUGAUAGGAUCGUCGUCGUCAUCGUCGUGUCCAUAGCGACUGCAGCAGCAUGGAAAACUUCACGGAUAUCUUCAGUGAAGAAUUCUCGGGUCUCGAAGGCCUGGGUGAUUUGGGAUCCGGCUUUGGUGGGGGUCAGAACGACAACUCCAUGGGCCCUCAAUCUCAGUCGGGGGGCAGUGGGGGAGGGAUGCCCGACCAUUCCAGUGGGGCGGGACCUGGCUCUCAAAUGAUGAGCGGAGGCUACGGUCAGCCCGGUGGGUACGGUGUAGGUGGGCCGCAGAAAAUGCCCUCCUACGAUUACGGCCAAUAUCGGGGAGGCGUGCCUCCCGGCGCUGGUCCCGGAGGACCUCAGGGUUAUCCCGGCUAUCCGGGCUCUCAUCCAGGAUAUCCGGGCGCGGAUCCACGUAUGAGCAUGGCAGCCGCCGCUCAACGGAUGGCCUCCGUGCCUUACAGUAGUGCGCCAAACAUGAUGGGGCAAGGGGCCUCGUCGUCCAUGAUGAGUAGUGGCCAGUUUCCUCACUAUCCCAAUUCGAGCUCAGGAGGCCCUAGCCAGCAGCAAAUGUUCAACAGUCGUCAGAUGCCUCAAAACAUGAACUGGAGUCAGGGCUACCCACCCGGACACAUGGCCAAUCGAUUUCCGAGUAAUCCCAUGGCCAAUCCCAACUAUCGCCAUCCAGUAUACCCAAACGAUCCCGGUCAUAGAAUGCCCUACCCGCGGGGAAGUUCGGCUCAAUCUCAAGGUUCGGGCAUGUCUCACGGCUACCCGGGUCAAAUGAAUCCACCCAGCUCUCAGCAACAAAUGUAUCCCAAUAGCUCGCCUAUGGGCCCUGGCUACCCGGGGGUGUCUCAGGGGAACCCAACGCCCACAUCCCAACAGUCCACCACCACAACCAGUUCAGCAUAUGGUGGGUCUCAAUUUGGCAUGGGUGGUGGUGGAGGGCCCGUACCCAACUCUCAGUCAUUCCCACCUGGAGGACAGGUGCCUGAUUUUCCUCGACAACCUCAUCCCAAGGCUUCUUCUGGACCUAAUCCUAGGAUGAUGAAUCCCAAUCUCCAGUCCAGACAUCCUCCCCCUUUGCCGCUUCAGCCCAGCAAUGGGCCCAAUGGGCCCACUGGAGUCGGCAUGGGACCCAUACCACAACACCCACACAAUCAAGCACAAAACUCCAUGUACCCGUACCCGCACCCUCAGGGUAGAUCCCUCGGAGGUCCACCCAUUCCAUCGCCCGUUUCUUCCACUGCCCGAAUGUCCCCUAAACCUCGGAGUCCGGCUACCUCCACGUCAUCCUCAUCUCCUGCCACACCUGGACAUUCAAAUGUGGGACCUCAGCCCGGUCAACCUGGAGGCGUGGGCAAGCAACCAAACAGUCUCCAACAAUUAGAACAGAUGGUGAUGCCCGGAGCGCCUGGGGGUCCCAAGGACUCACCUGGCUCUAGCAUGUCAGGGGGGCAAGUGCCCAGUCCGGUUGGAAUGAAGGCCCCGCAAUCACCAUCAAUGCGGGGACCACCCACACCGGCCUCACCACAACAGUGGCAACAACAGCAACAGCAGCAGGCUCAGCAACAAGGCAAAAACUCGAAAGGAGCACUUCCCCCGGGCGCAAAUCCUAAAAUGGGACAAAUGCCUUCUCACAUGGGAGGUGUGCCUAUGGGAGCCGGUAUGCCACAGGGCCUUCCACCUGGUGCCAUGCCUAUGGGCUCACAUGGAAGCAUGCACUUACAGCAACGAAUGAUGAUGGAUCCCCACAUGCAGGGCCAUGGGAGCCAACUACAUCCUAGUAUGUACCCGCAUUUUGGGCCCACUAAUCCUCGGAUGAGAAUGCCUGGAAGAAUGAUGAGCCAUUCUAGCAUGCCUCCGGGUUCGUCCAUGGGUGCCCCCAAUUCACAUCCCAUGAUGCCCUCGCAUCCAAAUCAGCCAAACUUUGGGAGUAUGAGUUCUAUGGUCAAUGACAAACCCUAUCCAGGAAGUCUACCGCAACAACCUGGCCCUCCUCACCAACAGCAACAGCAACAGCAACAACAACAACAACAGCAUCAUCACCAGCAGCAGCACCAGCAACAACAACAGCAACCAAUCUCUUCCCCUUCCUCCAUACCCCCGUCUAUACCUUCAAACCAAUCUGAACCUCCUGUGAAGGGCAUGACACCCAUGAAUGGCCAACCCCCGUCAUCUUCAGCAUCAUCGUUAUCGUCGCCAUCUCCUCAUCAACAUCAUAUGCAGCACCAGCCUCCCAUGUCUAUGAUAGCUUCUUCAAGUAGCAGCCAAAGCUCUGUGUUAUCCUCUACUCCAAUGCCUUCAACCCCUUCAAUGAUAACUUCCACUCAAUCUCACCAUCCAUCUCACCCGAUCACCAGUACGGGCAUCAAUUCAACAAAUCAUGGGGACAGGAAUUUACCGCAUUCAUCCACCGGUCUCCUGAGUGCAAGUGACAGUCAGAUUGGCACGGUGACCAGUGUCAGUGAGACCUUGAACAACGCUGCUUCAUCUAAGAGUGACAGUGAUAGUGGCAACAACAAAAUGGAGCAAGAUCCUCAAGCCAACUCGCGGGAGAGUGACAAGCAUCCUGCGGGUCAAGAUGAUCUGCUCGGUGUUGGUGGUGGAAGCAGUAGUGACGGUGCUAGUGAUAAGCAACAGAGUGACCGUGAAACCUCAGUAGUGACGCCAAAGCUUGAUGAAGCCGAUUACAAGUCUGAAGGGAAUGAUCUCCUAGAUUCACUUUCUUCGGGUGUUGGAAAGUCAAGUGAUUAUGCGGAUACCAAUGAGCCUUCUACGACCACUCAGGGAUCAGAAGGUAGGCCCGAGGAGCCCACCUCCACCACUAGCCCGUAUCCUCAUAAUCCAGCCAAUGACCACAGCAACAAACCUGACAGUAGCAGCAGUAGUAGUAUUAUCAUCAAUAACAGUGAGGAGAGCCUGGCAGUCCCUCCAUUGUCAGACCUGGAUCAAGCCGUCAGUGCUGACCCACUGAAGGAGUCAACAGCCAUCAAACCCACACCACCGCCACCAGUAUUGGGAGCAAGUGAUAGUGACGGAGGAGCAGACGAUCCAACAACCUCGGAGGAAGGAUCGUCUCUGAAAGAGCCCAUCCUCACUAGUGCUGUUACUCCUGCUGAUCCUGCUCAAAAACCGAGCGAGGAUGGUGAAGAUUCAUCGAAAGACAAAUCCUCCUCGGAAGAGAAGCCCCCCUCCAAUGAAGAGGAGCACUCGGAACCUCCAGCACCAACAAUCCAAGUACCUGUAUCAGCCAGUCUUUCGAGUUGUGGCGAGAACCCUCCAAGCUCAUCGUCAAUAUCACCUCCUCCAGUCACGUCGCAAGCUUCGGUGCCAAGUGAAGCUCUGCCCAGGCCAAGUAGUACUGCGAGUGCUCACAGUACGGCCUCAUCGGCGGGUAGAACUACGCCUGCUUCGCGUGGGCCUGAGCCCCAUGGGCCCGAGCUUCCGGAGUCCCAAGGUAGUGGGGCUCCGUCCUCAGCUCAGUUGGAUCCGUCAGUUCCGAAGGUGCCAGGGGAUACUCAGACCAACAACAGUAGUGAGGGUGGUGAUUCUCUCACUCCCUCAGCUGGACCAUACCCUCCUCAUUCUCAGUCUUCUGGUAUGACCGGUCCUGCUUCUCAUGGAAUGCCUCCAUCUUCACUGGCACCAGGCAUGCCCCCUAUGUCCAAUGCUCCACGAAUGCCUCCUCAUUCGGCCCCGCCAGGCAUGUCAAUGAGUGGGCCAGAUGGACAUCCAAUCAGACACGGGAUGCCUCCAGGUUACCCCGGACCGCCCGGCAUGAUGCCACCUCAUCCUGGAAUGGGUCCUCGAGGCAUGAUGCCCGGACAUCCUCAUGGUCCUGCAGGCCCAAUGCAUAUGAGACCCAUGGGACCUGACGGCCAAAGAAUGCCCAUGCCACCGCCGCAUCCCGGCCAUCCUGGCAUGCCCAUGGGCCCAGGGGACCACCAUACGAGUGGCAUGGGGCCAGGGAUGCCUCCCAUGGGGCCCAACGGCCCUCAUCCUGGUCAAAUGGGACCUGGUCAUCCGCAUGGCCCUCCUGGCAUGAUUCCUCCUCAUGCUUACCACCAGAUGCAAAUGGAAAUGCAACACUUGCAUCAACAACUCGGUCAUCUCCAUAAUCAACCUACCAACCCCCAAAUACAACAACAGAUCAACGAUAUUCAGCGACGAAUGCAUUUUCUCCAACAGCAAUUGUCGCAUGGGGCCCAAUGGGGACCUGGACCACAGGGCCCUAUGAUGGGGCCACCCCCUCCCCAACACCUGGAAUCAGGAAUGCAUCCAUCUCAGGAUGGUAAAAGCAUUGGUCAUCGAAGUGGAAUGGUCCCUUCUCCUAAUGGGGCCAACAAAGUCCCUGAUGUGUAUGACUUUGACUAUGAGCCACCCGAGAAGAUGCCCGGCAUGGGAGAUGAUGAGUCCGAAGGCGGUAAGAAAAAAGGUGCCAAGGCCAAGAAAGUGAAAGAGCCCAAACCCCCGAAAGAGCCCAAACCACCUAAGCCACCCAAGGAGCCCAAAGCACCCCGAGAGAAGAAGCCCCGAAAACCCAAAGAGCCCAAGGAAACCAAAUCGAAAAAAGGUGCCAAGAAGCUUGACGAGGCAGAGGGUGAGAUCUCUGACUUGGAAGGACAACCAGGAGAUUCAGAGACAGAAGCAGGAGGAUCCGGCUCACUAGCAAGUGCUGCGUCCUCGUCUUCAGUCUCAGCCACCGCGUCUACUUCUUCGACAGCCACAGAAUCUUGGAAAAAGACUUCCAAGAGGGCUGCCACCAAGAAGAAAAAGAAAGACGAAUUUGAUUUCGACUUUGAGGGCGAUGAAAUCAUUCAACCCAUGCCCAUUCGUGAACCCAAGGCUGUGAACAACCCAGGCGGCGAUGCCAGCAAUCCGGAUGAGUCUCUAGGUGAUCCUAAUUAUAACAAUGACUCUUCAGAAUACGCGGAGAAGAAGGAGAAGAAACCCAAAGUGAAAUCGAACACUCCCAAGAAACCCAAACCCAACAAAACCCUCCUCCAAUUCACCAAGAAGAAGAGGAAACGCUCGGAUUCGGGAAGUGACUUGGAUCUCGAUGCCACGCCUCCACCUUCGCCCAAAGACGACGAGACAACCUUGGAUCGCCGUCGAUCCGGUCGUCACACUAACAAGCGGAAAAAGUACGUGGACGACGUGGACUUGCAUUUGUCAGAUGAGGAGAACUUCCAAUUACCACCCGAAGUGGCACUGGCAUCCACAGCCGGAACUGCUUCGGCAGCCACCACGGCAACUUCGGCGGACGUUUCGGCGACUCCGAAAGUCGACGAGAACGGCGAGAACUCCAUGGGUGCUUCCAAUUUGGGCGAUGCCUCCAAUACGGGUGCCCCGGAAAUCUUGGAAGAGAAGUCCGGGCCCAACUACGCUUUUAUUGAUCCCAUGGCGGAAGACACCAUGAUUGUUCAGUUCAUCCUUGCCAUGCGAAUGGGCAAGCGAGAAUUAGAAGAAAGCGACGACGAGGAAGAGAGCUCCACCCCUCCCAAGAGUUCCGUCCAGGAGAGUGCCAAAACUCCUGAAGUCCCGAAAGAAGGCGAGGGAGGAGUGACUACUGAGGAAGUCAAGCCAAGCAGUGAGCCGAAGCCUGAACCUGAAGCAGAUGAUAAACCCAAGGAAGACACCAUUCAAACCUCUGAAUCGCACGAGGCCUCGAAUGCAGUCGAAGAGAAGAUGGAGGUGGAUGAAAAUAAGUCUGAAGAGAAGGUCAGUGAAAAGAACGGUGACGACCACCCUCAACAACAAGAAGAGCCGACGAAAGAAAACCCAGUGGAAGAAGGAGGAGAAGCCAAGGUGGAACUCAAAGAAGAGUGUCAAGAAGAAUCAAAUCAAACCACACUCAAAGAGUCGAAAGGGGAAGUAUCGGAAGACACUUCAAAGGAAGGGUCGAAACAAGAGACUUCGCCCCCCAAAGCUACCAAAACCGACUCCGUCGAAAUCACGACAUCCACCGAGAAAUCUGACGUCAAAGAAGAGCAGACCACCCCAAAGAAGAAGCCUGCCCGAAUGAUCGAUGUGGAAGAGUAUCUAGUCAAGUUCAAGAACUUUUCCUACCUACAUUGUCAGUGGCUCACUGAAGAGGAAUUGUAUCGCGGGGACAAACGCAUCGCUGCCAAAAUCCGACGCUACCAACAAAAGCGCGAGAAAGGCGGCAAUGUUCUCGAGUUCUGUGAUGACGAGGCUUUCAAUCCCGACUACAUCGAAGUUGAUCGCGUCCUUGACAUGUCCGAGCACACGGACGAGGUUACCGGUGUGAAAACAAAGCACUUCCUGGUCAAGUGGCGCUCUUUACCCUACGAAGAUUGUACUUGGGAGCUGGAGAGCGAUGUCGACCCUGCCAAGAUCAAAGAGUUCUACAAAUGGCGAGAGCCUCCGAAUGAGAAUUGUUAUGCCAAGAGGCGUGGUCGCAAGCACGAAUGGAAGAAGUGGGACGAAUCUCCCGCCUACAAGAAUGGCAACAAACUCCGUCCAUACCAAUUGGAAGGUGUCAACUGGCUCAUGUUUUCGUGGUUCAACGGGCGGAAUUGUCUGCUGGCCGACGAGAUGGGUCUGGGCAAAACCAUUCAAUCCCUGGCCUUCCUGGAUGCCAUCUUUCAAUACGGAAUCAGUGGUCCGUUCCUCGUGAUUGCUCCCCUCUCGACCAUUCCGAAUUGGCAACGAGAAUUCGAGCUCUGGUCCGAGAUGAACGUGAUCGUCUACCACGGAUCGCAAACCAGCCGAAACAUGUUGGCCGAGUACGAGAUGUACUACAAGGACAGUAACGGUGAGCGGCUGAAGAAUGUGUACAAAUUUCACGUGCUCAUCACCACGUACGAGUGCGUCAUCACGGACAUCCUCGAGCUACGAGAGAUCCAAUGGCGUGCCUGUGUCAUCGACGAAGCUCAUCGACUCAAGAAUCAAAAGUGCAAGCUCUUGGAUGGUCUGAAUCUCCUCGAAAUGGAGAGCCGAUUGCUGCUCUCCGGAACACCCUUGCAAAACAACAUCAACGAGCUGUUCUCCCUUCUCAGUUUCUUGGAGCCCACUCAAUUCAGCUCUCAAGAGGCCUUCGUCAAGGACUUUGGUGAUAUGCAAAACGAGGACCAGGUGACCAAACUGCAAGCGAUUCUCAAGCCUCUGAUGCUGCGAAGAAUGAAAGAGGACGUAGAAAAAAGUCUGAAACCCAAAGAAGAGACCAUUGUCGAGGUGGAACUGACCAACAUCCAGAAGAAGUAUUAUCGAGGUAUCCUGGAGAAGAAUUUCAGUUUCCUCUCCAAAGGCACGAGCAACGCCAAUGUCCCAAAUCUCAUGAACACCAUGAUGGAGCUCCGGAAAUGUUGCAUCCAUCCGUACCUCCUCAACGGCGCCGAGGAACAGAUCCAGUCCGACUACUUAAGCCGAAAGAACGACUUCCGCGACGAAGAUGGUAUCUAUUUUAACUCGUUAAUCAACUCCUCGGGUAAAAUGGUGCUCCUAGACAAGCUAUUGCCCAAGUUGAAGAGCAAUGGUCACCGUGUGCUCAUCUUCAGUCAAAUGGUCAAGAUGCUGGACAUCCUCGAAGAUUACCUCGUCAAGAAACAAUACCCGUACGAACGCAUUGACGGAUCCAUUCGAGGCAACAUGCGUCAAGCCGCCAUCGAUCGAUAUUGUCGACCCGACUCGGACCGAUUUGUGUUCUUACUGUGCACCAAAGCCGGUGGUUUGGGCAUCAAUCUAGUCGCAGCAGACACCUGUAUCAUUUACGACAGUGAUUGGAACCCGCAGAACGAUCUCCAGGCCCAGGCUCGGUGUCAUCGCAUCGGUCAGGCCAAGAGUGUCAAGAUCUACCGGUUGAUCACGCGCAACACUUACGAACGAGAAAUGUUUGACCGAGCCUCGCUCAAGCUUGGUCUAGACAAGGCCGUGCUUCAGAGCAUGAACACCAAUAUGACGGGCAAAGCCGGCACAGUGAGCGAAAAAUCCGGUCAGAUGUCCAAAAAAGACAUCGAGGAUCUACUCAAGAAGGGCGCCUACGGAGCUCUCAUGGAUGACGACAACGCGGGUGACAAGUUUUGCGAGGAAGACAUCGAUCAGAUUCUCCAACGCCGAACGCAAACAGUGACCGUGGAAUCUGAGAAAGCCGGUGGAAGCUUCUCCAAGGCCUCUUUCGCCUCCAAUGACACGGCUGACAUUGCUCUGGACGACCCUGAUUUUUGGGCUAAAUGGGCCAAGAAGGCUGAAAUCGAAGAGAUGGACGAGGCCACCGCACUCAUGGUGUCCGAACCCCGAUCUCGUAAGAAGAUCCAACGCUUCGGUGGCAAUGAAAGUCUUGAUCCCAGAGAGGUGUCCGAAUUGGACACCUCGGAAGACAGUGGGGGUGAUGACGAUGGAUUACGACGGGGUCGAAGCAAAUCUCAGAAGAAACUCCGCUCCAAUCGAAGACGACGUGAUUCUGACGAUGAAUACAUGGAAGACGAUCGAGAUGUCGAGUACGGACAUUGGAGCAAGAGCGUCCUGUUCCGUGUGGAGAAGGGCAUGUUGGCUUUCGGAUGGGGACGAUGGGACGCAAUUGCCAACUAUGCUCGCCUCCGCAAAGGUUUCACGGCCAAGAUUGUUGAAGACUGUUGUCGAUGUGUGCUCUUGUACUGCUUAAACGUGUACAAAGGUGACGAGAACAUCAAGUCCUUCAUCUGGGAUCUGAUCAUCCCCGAGGAGUUCGGUGGUCAGGAGAAGAUCUCGAAAAGCCACUCUGGUCUCUCUGGACCGGUUCCACGUGGUCGACGAGGAGGUGGACCGAGAAAACCCGCCAAGAAAGAGGGCAAAGAUGCGGUUGAUGCCAACAUGGAAACGGCUGUCUGGGUCAGUGACGAGAAGUACGAUCUCGAGAUGAAUCUGGACAAGGGAUAUCGCAAGCAUCUCGAUCGACAUCACAACAAGCUUCUGCUACGAACUCGUUUACUGUACUACCUCGACAACGAAAUCUUGGGCAAUCACGUCUCAAAGAUCAAAGUCCCUGGAGUUCACAUCAGUGAUAUUAAAAUCCCGGUUCCGCUGUGCGAUCAGCCCUUAACUUCAUGGUGGGACUCGGAUGCCGACAAGUCCCUCAUGGUGGGCACUUAUCGCCAUGGGUAUGAAAGAUAUAAUAUGAUGCGGAUGGACCCAGAUUUGUGUUUCUUGGCCCGCUGCGGUCCACCUGACUCCACGGAUAUUCAAGAUGAAAUGAAGGAUAGUCCGGACCAUGACGAGAAUUCGAAACUGGAUGACGAUGAUGAUAGCCUUCACAGCUCGAGAACUCCCAAUGAGUCGCGAGCCUCUUCGGUCAAACCCGAGGAUGAAGUGACCCCAUCUCCCGCCACCCCAGUGAACUCGUCCACGGGACCCGGGCAAUUGUCGCCCUUCCCCUCUGCCUCCGAGCUCAAUGGGCGACUUCGCCGUCUGAUCACCUCCUACCAACGCGAAUACAAAAAGGAGGAGGCCAGACAAGCGGCCAAAGAGAAGCGCAACGAGAGACGCGAGCGCAUUGAGCAAGUCAUCCGUGAGCGGGAGCAGCAGAAAAUUGACAUGGAACAGAGGAAGUGGACCAAAAAGGAAGAGGGUGACUUCCUCCGAACCAUCAUGGCUUACGGUGUGGAGUACUCCAAGCAAAAAGAAGGUGGACGCUAUACUUGGGAUCGCUUCAAGCAAUUGGCCAGAUUGGACAAGAAAUUCGAUGAAACGCUUACGGAGUAUUGCGUGGCCUUCUUAGCCAUGUGCAAACGAGUCAAUGAUCAACCUCUCUCCGACACCGAGCAAGUCCUCCAGGCGGGAGUGGAACCCAUUGGAAAAGAGAAGGCCACCCAAGUGCUUGAGCGGGUUGACUUGUUGAACCAAUUGCGGAACGAGGUCGUCAACCAUUCCGAUUUAGACACCAACGUGAAGCUCUGUGAUACGGCCCAAGAUCUGCCUGAGUGGUGGAUCCCGGGCAAACAUGAUCGAGAUCUCUUGCUAGGAGCCGCUCGUCAUGGUCUGAACAAAAUGGAGUACUACGUGCUCAACGAUCCGGAUCUCUGCUUCAAUGAUAUCCUGAAGCGGCACCUCUGCGGUGAGUCUCUCCUCGAUUCUGCGGCCAUGGAAGAGUUCUUGAAGAGAAAGAAAUCCUGGAGCGCUAAGGAAACCCCCGCCUCGGAAAAGGACAAGAAGGAGGAAGAGGAGUCCCAAGAAUCCAAGGAGGUCAAGGAAGAAGACGAGGAAGACAUGGAGAAAGAUGAAAAGGAAACCGAGGAAGACGAAAAGAAAGGAGGAGAAACUGAUGAGGAUUCCAAAAAGAAAUCCGAAAAGAAGUCCAAGAAGAAGAAAUCUGAAGAGGACGAAGAACUACUCCGAAUUGCGGAAGAAUUCCAAGAAACGCGAUCUCGACGGAAAUCCACCAAGGAUGCCACACGCUCCACGAAAAUUGCCCUGGAGCAACAAGCCAAAGCCAACGAAAAGGCCAGACGAAGUAGUGAACGAUCCAAGAGCAAAGACAAGGAGAAUGGUGAGACCAAUGACGACAACGAUCAUCCCAAUGAGAGUGACGAAGAUGAGAGAGGUGAAGACAAAGGUCGAAAAACGCCCAAAGACGUAGGCGAGACUUCGAAAAACGGCGAGGUUGAAUCCGAGCCUGGGGAUGACAAAUCCAAAAAAGCUGACUCCGUCAAAGAGGAGAAAGAGACAAGUGAAUCCAGUUCUGCGACGGCUGCAGCCUCGACCACACCCACUACCUCUACGCCCAAGAAACGCACCUACUCCGUGUGCAUUGCUCCACCCCAAAUCAACAUCCAGCAAAUGGAGCAAAUGGCCAAGAGCGGACUCCUUUACGACAUGGACAUGAUGAACGAACUCAUGGCCCAAACUUACGCCGCCACUAUCAAAUGGCCGAAAGACAAGAUCCUGGAGGUUAGAUUGAGCCACGUUAUGGAAUGCGUCCUGACUGGAAAAUGGCCCGUGCCCGAUGAUUACGCCCUAGGCGAGCACUUGCCCGUCGAAGAGGUUGUGCCAAUUACCCCCGAGGUGACGGCCGCACCUCGAGACACGCCCACACCCAUGUCCGAGGUAUCCGAGCUGUCCACUGAAGAACCUCAGCAGGCAGCACCCAAUGUUCUCACGCAAGGAGCCACUGGUCGGAAGCGAUCUCGUGGACGGAAGCCUUUGGAUUUCUCGGAUGAUAAGUCCAAGAUCCGGGCACUGCUUCAACAGCCGUUAUUGUCCAGUGAAGAUGACCCACGUGGGUCUGUGGCCGAGAAAGACCUCUGGGACAGAUACAUCAAGUCCGUGUACACAGAUAAUGACAAAAAUCGCCCGAGACCUCAGUCCCAGCCCCAUCAGCAGCCUCAGCAACAACAACAGCAACAACCACCGCAGCCACAGCAACAAUCCUCGUUGCCUCUGCCCAAGACGCCGGCCGGUGUGGAAAUCACCCCCGUGAAUGGGGAUAGUGACAACGCUCUGGCGGAUUUGCCGCGAAAGAACCCAUUGGGAGCGAAACCCUCCAAGUUGGAGUCGGCCUUGGAUCGAUUUGGAAUGCAGAAACGAAAGCUGGCCGACGAGAAGGGCGAUGACAAAUCUAAGAAGAAGAAACGCCUGGAUGACAUCAUGUUUGGCCUUGGAGCCGCCAAAGGUCUGGCCUUGGAGAAGGAAGAAGGGGCCUCGGCGGGUCCAACCGGUCCAGCCGGUCCAGCGGGUCCAGCCACGUCGGCCAAGAAAGACAACGAUAAGGUGUCCGACUUGAGCAAACUCCAAGAAAUGCUCGGUCCGGCUGAUGCCAAGGUUCAGAAAUGGCUGGCCGACCAAAUGGGUGUAGUCCCGGAUCGUCCUACCACUCCAUCCUCGUCAACCACCACCACUUCAGCAUUAGGCAAAUCGCCCAGAUCCUCGACGUCCAAUCCCAUGGAAUGGAUGAGCAACCUGUCUGGAGAUGAGCAUGUCACCGUAUUCAACCGCUUCACCGGCAAGAAACUCUCCGGAACGCAAGGACCCAAGCUCAAAUACCUGGCGCAAUGGCUUAUCGAGAACCCCAUGUUCGAGGUGGAUCCCAAAUGGGCUGAAUUGGUCAAGAGCAAACAACCCGAGCCGGCUCAAAAACGCAAGGGCCCCGGGAGGCCACCUUUAGACGGCGAACCCAGUGGCAAGUCGUCACGACCGUCCUCCGCCGGAAUUGGACCUUCAGGUAUCAACACAAUGGCCGGUUUGGGACUUGAUCCGAAGAACCCGUUGUCCUCACUCUCGUCGCUUGACCCCAAGAAUCCCAUGUCUCUAGCCGCUCUCUAUGGAUUGGAUCCAAAGAAACUCGACCCAAUGACAGCCACCCUCCUCGGUUUAGGUGACCCGAAGAACCCCGGAAAAUUGGACCCCAUGAUGUUGGCCGCCUUGGGCAUGGACCAGAAGACUCUCCAAGCCAUGGGAAUUGACCCGAAGACACUCACAGCUGCCGGUGGAAUGGACUCGAAAUCUCUAGCCAAUCUUGGACUCGGUGGUCUUGAUCCCAAGAUGCUCCAAGCCAUGGGUAUGGAUCCUAAGACUCUACAAAUGAUGGCAAUGGACCCCAAGACUCUCCAGGCCAUGGGAAUCGAUCAGAAGGCUCUUCAAGCCAUGGGUAUGGAUUCCAAGUCGGCCAUGCAAGGUGGUGGACUGGAUCCCAAGAUGCUCCAAGCCAUGGGCCUCGAUCCCAAAACUUUGCAAUCCAUGGGAUUAGAUGCCAAGUCACUUCAAUCGAUGGGCCUAGAUCCCAAGAUGCUCCAAGCCAUGGGAAUGGAUGCCAAGAGUCUUCAGGCUAUGGGCAUCGAUCCUAAAUCCCUUGGAUUGGAUCCCAAGAGCUUACAGAGCAUGGGCCUCGACGCGAAGUCAUUACAAGCAAUUGGUUUAGAUCCGAAGGUACUCCAAAGCAUGGGCAUGGACCCCAAGACUCUCCAGGCCAUGGGUAUUGACUCCAAGGCCCUCCAACAGGCCAUGGGCAUGGAUCCCAAGGCUCUCCAAGCCAUGGGAAUGGAUCCCAAAACUCUCCAGGCCAUGGGAAUCGAUCAAAAAACGUUGCAAGCAAUGGGGAUGGAUCAAAAGACCUUACAGGGCAUGGGAAUGGAUCAGAAGGCAUUACAGGCCAUGGGUCUUGAUCAAAAGACUUUGCAAGCAAUGGGGAUGGAUCAAAAGACCUUACAAGCCAUGGGUCUGGAUCAGAAGGCACUUCAAGCAAUGGGAAUGGACCCGAAGACUCUCCAAGCAAUGGGCAUGGAUCAGAAGACUCUUCAGGCGAUGGGCAUGGAUCAGAAGACCCUCCAAGCAAUGGGCAUGGAUCAAAAGGCUCUGCAAGCAAUGGGUAUGGACCCGAAAGUCCUUCAGGCCAUGGGAUUGGAUUCCAAAGCUCUGCAAGCCAUGGGUAUUGACCCGAAACUUCUUCAAGGUAUGGACUUGAAAUCAUUGGGUAUGGAUCCUAAGGCCCUUCAAGCCAUGGGAAUGGAUCCGAAAACCCUUCAAAGCAUGGGUAUUGACCCGAAGAUGAUGUCCAUGCCACCCCUUGAUCCCAAGAUGCUCCAGUCUAUGGGAAUGGAUGCCAAAACUCUCCAAGCCAUGGGGCUAGACGCCAAGGCCCUCCAGGCAAUGGGCCUCGACAACAAGACCAUUCAGGCUAUGGGAAUGAUGGACAACAAGAAAUCCUCUUCACCCAGCCCUUCUCCCAAAGAGCCACCCUACAGCAAAUCUAGUAGCAAUGCAGCCCAGAAGAAUCUGGAAGCCAUGGCCCAGGUUUUGAACAUGGAUCCCAAGAAACUCGAUCCGUCAAUGCUGGCCUCCCUUGGGUUAGAUCCUAAGAACUUGAAGAUUGAUCCCAUGACCUUAGCUGCGCUUGGAUUGGACCCCAAGAACCCCAACUCUAGUCUGAUGGCAGCCAUGGCCGCCAUUGAUCCAACGAACCAGUUGGCCGCCCUUUAUGGGUAUGGCGGAAUCCCAGCCUCCAUGGCCGCUAUGACAUCAAUGAUGGGCAUGUCUGGCCUCGAUUCUCUUACUACCGUGACGUCGGGCAAAGGCAAGAGUUCACCCGGACCCUCAGGAAAGGAUUCUAGAUCUGCACCUUCACCUCGUGUUUCCAGAGGCUCGCCAUCUCCACGUCCGCCUAGUCGGGCCAGUUCCAAGAGUGACGAGAGACGAUCCCCAAGAUCAUCAGCUCCUCCAAUAUCGGGGACCAAUUCGAGGCCUCAUUCCAGUAGUUCGGCCUUAGCAUACACUCCUUCUUCAUUAGGCUUUGAUCCCAAACUGCUGGCGGGUAUGGACCCCAAGUUGUUGCAAGCUGCCGGAAUCGACCCCAAGACCCUUCAAUUAGACCCCAAGAUGUUGGGUAUGGAUCCCCGCAUGAUGGGCCUCGAUCCUAAGAGUCUCAUGGGUUUGGACGCCAAGAGUCUGCAAGCGGCGGGAAUCGAUCCCAAGAUGCUGCAAGGGUUAGACCCACGAAUGAUGGCCGGCCUUGAUCCCAAGCUUUUGGGCAUGGAUCCGAAGUUACUUUUUGGUGGUAUGGAUCCAAAACUGUUGGGCUUAGAUCCUAAGAUGUUUGGCAUGCCCGACAUGUCCUACAGUUCAUCCAGUAAGACCUCGUCAUCUUGGGCGCCAACCUCAUCUUCAUGGGCCCCCACUUCCUCCUCGGGCGGCCUCGACCCUCGACUGUUGGGCCUUGAUCCCAAGAUGCUGCAAGGAUUAGACUCCAAAUCUCUUCAGAGUUUGGGCCUGGAUCCCAAGAUCGUGGCUUCCUUGUUGGAACACAGCAAAUCGACCACCUCCUCCUCCUCCUCCUCAUCCACGUCAGGCCAAUCUUCAUCCGCUGCCUUAAAGGCUACCUCCCUCUCAUCUUCGUCAUCGAAGGGGGCGCAGACCAAGACUACCUCAACCACUUUGGAUCCAAAGAUGUUCCCUGGAAUCGAUCCUAAAGUUCUCUCUGGAAUGGGUAUCGACCCCAAAAUGGCUGCCAUGUAUGGACUCGAUCCCAAGCUCAUGGCUGGAUUAGACCCGAAACUAUUAGGCUUAGAUCCCAAGAUGUUUGCCGGUCUUGAUCCCAAGAUGUUUGCUGGUCUUGAUCCCAAAAUGUUUGGCGGCAUCGACCCCAAAAUGUUUGCUGGCAUCGAUCCCAAGAUGUUUGCCGGUCUCGAUCCCAAACUCUUGGGCUUUGAUCCCAAGGCACUUCAAGGUUUUGAUCCGAAAAUGUUCGGCCUCGACCCCAAGCAAUUAGGCAAGCUUGAUCCCAAGCUUCUUGCCGGCAUGGACCCGAAGGCUCUCGGCCUCGAUCCCAAACUAUUCGCCGCUUUGGACUCCCCCAAGACCCCGAGUACCAGCGGUAAUUCGUCCAAGAGUCAACAACCUUCAACAUCCGGUGCAUCUUUCUUCGGGGGACUCGAUCCCAAGUUUUUGACCGGUCUGGAUCCCAAAGCCUUUGCCGGAAUGGACCUCAAAGCCUUAGCCGGCCUAGAUCCCAAAUUGCUGGGCUUUGAUCCCAAGCUUCUAGCUGGCCUUGAUGCCAAAUCCCUGGCCUCCAUGGACCCAAGUCUGGCUGCACUCUACGGCUUAGGUGGCUCUCCUUCGAAUCUCUCGAAUGGCGUCGGAUCAUCUUCUAAAAGCUCGAACAAACCCAAACCCGGAACUGUCGCGGCUGCCUUGGCCGAGAAAAAGACCACUCCUCCCUCGGAUGAGACCCUCUCAGAAAAGGCCGAAAGUCACGUCAGUGAUGAGGCUCCUCCGACCAAGCGUGACAUGAGUGAACUUGACGACGAGGCCCGGAAAGGCCUAACAAGUGAAGAGCGUGUCCUGCUGCGGGAAAAGAAGCGUGAGCGUUUGAUGAAAGAACAAGCUUCCGAACCCGACGAGAAAUCUGGGGGAGGAGUGAAUCUGUCGUCGUCCAAAGCGUCUUCGACGGCUGAUCCUUCGGAAGAAGACCCCUGUGAUCCGACUGAUAAUGCUAGUGACACGGCGAAUUCUGCCAAUGGUGACACCAACAACAAGUAAACCAACCAACCGUGAGACAGAGACUCGCUUCCUACACAAAUGAAAGAAAGAAAAAAACUGCUGUGAUAUUGCCAGGAUCUUUGAACCUAGACGUUCAACAAGCAUGAAGGACAGACACACGUUGUUGUCGGUCAUCGUCGUAGUAAUUGACAUGCUUGAGCUUUUUUUUUUUGCCACGCACUCACCAACUGGAAAGGCUGCUUAGACUGUAUUGAUAAAGAUAAGUAAUGAUGAUGACGCUUUCAGUGAUUUAAUUGAUUGAUCAACAAACCAACCAACCAACCAACAGAAUUCGGGUGUGGGUGUGCCACCCCUACGGAUCGGAGGCGAACAACUUUUGCUGGGGAUGUUCGCCCUCCCUUCUUUCACCCCUUCCCUGUCCCCACCCAAAAACGGACACACACGGACACACCUCACAACCCAAUCAACCAUAAUUUCGAAGAAUGGAACGCAAACAUGUCUGAAAAGGAAGAUCUUGAAACCAGGCAAGGCUCGCUCGUCCCCUCAACUAAAACCAAGAAGGCUCGCGUACCCACUUAAGAGGAACUCCCAAAAUCUCAGAACAAUCACGCUGCCGAGUGCUUGGCCGGAGCAACAAACAAACAACCCCUGUAUAUAGAUGUACCAAUCAAUUGUUAUCACAUUAUGCUUCCAUCUUCAUAAUCGUUCAUGAAUCAUGAUACACUUGUUUGAUCCCGGA